GAAGUGCACCGCGGGCGGUAGCGGGUAGGACGCAAUGGAAUGGUUGUUCGGUUGCGGUACGCUUCCAAUUCGGUAGAUUUAGAUCCGGCGAACCAGUUUACUGUGCGGAAGAGCAUUGUAAGGGUGACAGAUUUCGAGCCACCACAAUUCAGUUCAGUGCGUUUAGGUCCUGCCGAUCCCAUUGCCUGCUGCACUGUAUGGAAGAAUGUUCAACGUAAAGAUACUACUACCGUUGCUCAUCGUACUGGCCUCUGCCCACGGGUAUCGGAUAUUAGGCCUAUUUCCUCAUCCAGGCUUAAGCCAUUUCAAAGUGUUUCAUCCAAUAAUGCGAAGCUUGGCGAACGACGGACAUCAUGUCACAGUGGUCAGCUACUUUCCUGACGAUGAUCCACUACCAAAUUACCACGAUCUUCGUUUCGAAGGACAGGAGAUCUUGACGAAUGCGUUCAGCUUAGAGAAUUUCGAGGGCAGGACCUUCGUGGAUAAUUUUAAGGAAUUCUAUGAGUUAGCGGCCUGGGGAGUGUCCAGUUGCACGGCUGCACUCAAUUCUUCCGCAAUCGAUGAAGUACUAGAAACCCAUCAUAAAGCUCCAUUUGAUGUGGUUGUGAUGGAAUUUUUUGCUACCGAUUGCAUGGCAGGAAUAACUUGGAUGUUGCAGGUUCCGUUAGUAGGUUUAAGCAGUUGUGCGUUGAUGCCAUGGCACUACGACCGAGUCGGACUGCCCGAUACACCUUCCUACAUUCCGUCAGAGUUUAGCACAUUUUCGGAGGAAAUGUCUUUCUUGGAGAGAGCAGAAAACUGGCUAGUUACCAGACUAGUGAAGAAUUUGUACCGCAUCGUACAGAUGAGCGAUAAUAGAUUAUUGCAAGCUAAGUUUCCGAACGCAGGAAUACCCGACGUCAAUGAGAUCGUGGCCAACACCUCGUUAAUACUGGUCAAUCAACAUUAUUCGCUUAGCGGUGCUCGACCGCUGGUACCUUCGGUGAUAGAAAUUGGCGGGGUACACAUCAAAGACAUUCAACCCUUGCCAACGGAGUUGCAGCAAAUUGUGGACGAUGCAGCGAAUGGCGUAAUUGUGGUAUCAUUUGGAUCCGUUCUAAAAGCUUCUACUCUUCCAAAUAGAAAACGUGCUGCAAUGAUGGAAGCAUUUCAACAUUUCGAUAAGCGCGUGGUGUGGAAAUGGGAGGAAAACAUGGAAAAUCAACCAGCGAAUGUAUUUACACAGAAAUGGCUCCCGCAGAGGGACGUACUGUGCAACAAGAAUGUACGUCUUUUCGUUUCUCACGGAGGUUUGCUGGGUGUUUCAGAAGCUGUCCACUGUGGAGUGCCGGUAGUGGCUAUGCCCAUUUAUGGAGAUCAAUUUCUUAAUGCUGCCGCACUGGUCAAUCGAGGCGUUGGCGUUCGUAUGGAUUACGAAAACGUACACAAUGUAUCUUAUGUGGUGGACUGUAUUCGUGAAGGUCUUAGCGCAAGAAAAAAGGAAAAUGCCCAAGCGUUAGCAAAGGCUUAUAACAAUCGCCCUCAACCACCGUUGGAUUUGGCGCUCUGGUCGAUCAUCAAUGUGAUCGAAAACGGUGCCAUGCGUUACGAACGUUCCUAUGCUUCAAAAUUGCCUUUGUACAUCUACCACUCUUUCGAUGUAUUGGCCAUGUUUCUGUUCUUGUUCGCUACCGUUAUAUUAUUGCUCUCAUACUGCAGUUGGAAAAUAUGUUGUAAGAAAGAUGCCCGCACUAAGAAACGCCUUAACAAACAGAAGAGAUCUUAAGCGUUUGAGGCGCUUGUUCACGUCAACAUAGCAUAUCACUGGUUUUUAUUCCUAACUUUUAAUAACAUUCUUCAUCACGGGCGGUACUACUAAACCAGGGGUAAAGUAUAUUUUUUUCAAAUAAAUUAUAUCCAUCGUUACUGGUCGGCUA